AUGCUAUUUUCUGGCAGAAUUACUCAGUUUAACAUGUGGGACCAUGAGUUGGAGGAAGAAAAAAUCACAAUGUUAGCACGCGGUUGUAAAAGUGAACCGGGGAAUAAUAUCCAGUGGAGCAACCUUAGGAGCAAAGUUGAGGGAGAGCUGAGGAUUGUGGAGCCGUCUUCGUGUACGUAUUCAGGAUCCUAUUCGCACCUUGCGCUGUUAACCAGUUUUACUGUGCCCCUUUGCUAUUUCUCAUAAACAGCCAUUUCUACCAGCUACAACUCCAGGAUGAUCCAUUUUUACCCCUAAAAGAUAUCACAUUCAAUAUUGUUCCCUCGAGAAGCUUCUACCAAUAGAUAAUUUCAACUAAUCAGCCAUUAUCCUUAAUCCUUUCAUUAAAACUGUUGGUUCCCUUUGACAGUAAUCCCUGUAUUAUAUAAGAUUUCUCUCCCCUAAACAUGGAAUCCCUUCGGGUGGGCCACCCUGGGAUAUUCUGUCAAAGUAAGUUGCCUGAGGUUGCUACGAUCUUUUUGAAGUAACCGACAAACCUCAUCUACAUGAUUUGUAAACAACUAUUCCAUUUAUAGGAAACAUUUUAGUAUUUCCCCGAAAUUCAAAAACUCUGAUAAGCAGGAUACUUUUGUUUUUCGCCUUUUUCCCGUAAUGGCAUUGACAUACAUACUCCCAAGUACUGUUGUACAUAUACUUUCAUACUAAGUAAUGGUAUUUCAUUGAUCCUUUAAUGAAACUCUUUCUCGCUCGAAGGGGUAGAGUAAGAAUUUGAUUCCAAAAGUUCAGGAAACCUCCAAGCUUAGGGGAAAAAGAUGAAAUUAGCGUAACAGUAAACGGCCUUUUCCCAUAAAUCCAUAUGGCGCAAUGUUCACGCCUUUGUAGGCCAGCAAAAGUCGGACAGCUGUAGGGUUAAGGCACAUAUCAAUCUCCGUGUACAGGUUCGUCCUCGAACUACAGAACGGACACCAAAGCGUUCAUCUUCUUAUUAAACUACACAUCUGAUAGGACCCUCAAAAAAAAAAAAAAAGUAAGCGAAGAAUCAUCGGCCUUUGCAAUCUACAGCUCACCGUUCACUGGUCCAACCUUCGGAGAGUCUCCGUUUGAUUUUCAGAUAGGAAUCGAUGGCGACAUGAAGCAAGGGACGAGUCAACACGCUGUUUCUUACAAAGGAGAUGGAAACUUUAAGGGAUCCAAACUGGAAACUCUGCUUGCUGGGGCGUCAAAGUUUAAUGUUAACGAUGUGGAGGUGUUAUUUAGAGCUCAGGGAGGUAGGAUUUCUGAUGGAUUUUGAUUCCGUCUUUUAAACUGCUAAUGAUUGAUCAUGACAUAAUUACAUAGGGAGCACAUGCAUAAUAGUUCUUCACUGGUGCCGACAUGUACUCUGAGAGCAGACUGAGAUUAAUGAUAUUGCCAGUUUGUUCUAUAAUGCCCCGAUUUAAAAAUUUUAGGCCUGAUUUUUCUCCAUGGGUUCAAGCUAACAACAUGUUUUCUUGAGCUACCCACAUUUCAAACUUUCCUUCAACAUUGCAUUGCGCACUUUUUCGUCCAACAAAAGGGAAAUAUUUUUCUUACUAAGUCAGACGUGUAAAUCAAUUGAGACCAGGUAUGCUACGAUAAUUUAGUUUACCGAGCCUUCGCCGAUCUACGACAUCAUCAGGGAAUGUAGAUGAAAGUGAAGAGUAUAUUGGGUGAGGUGUUAGGCUAGAUAAUAGGGAUUCAGCAGACAACAGGACAGGACAAUGGCAGGUGUAUGUGGAAAGAAUAGAUAAUGGUAAGAUUUUAACUAGUUCGUCAAGAUAAGAGGAAUAUUGCCUCUUUGGUCACGAACGCGAGACAACAAAAACGAGGUUGUACUUUCUAGUAAUUUAUUAUUCAUGUAGUUUUUCAUUAUUUUUCUUAAAGCGUCCCUGUGCUCUGAUUAUUGUCCAUUUUACCAUUAUUGUGACGAAAUAACAGGCACUUGUAGAUGUACAAACAAGAAUCCUGAAUUAUGUCAACUCGGUAAGUAAGUGAGGUGGAAUUAGAAAUAUUUAUCGUAUUCACAGUUUUACUUGUCAGAACUUUUUGGUUUUUUGGCUUUUCAAUAUGUUGUCGAGGCGAGAAAGGUUUGUUUACAUGCAUAAAAUAGAACUGAGAUUAGUGAAGAUGAGAGUGAUCAUUACAAUUACGAACACUACCUAUGAAAAAAAGAAUCCAGUCUUGCAUUGCGUUGCCAUUGUUGUUAUUCGGAAACUUUUAAUCAUACAUUAUGCCUCUCUUUGUAUGGAAGUUUGGUUUUUGUUUACAAAUUCUUGGAUAAACGAUUUUUCAUCCUAAGUUGAUCAUUAAUGAUAGCGCAAAAAAACCAUAUACCCUGCAUCUGAAAAUAAGCUUUGAGCUAACUUUUCGAAGGUUUAACGUCACGUGGAAUGUUAUUACCAUCAUAUUUAUCGUUUCUAUGCAUCGUUACUGAAAUUGGUAUUCAAUUUAUAUUGACUUUUCAGUAAAGUUUUACGAGAAUUCUUCCCAUCUGUGGUUGCUUGAAUCAGUGGAAGAUAUCAAAGAUCUCCGCGCACCUGGCUGGGGGCAAAUUAAGGGAGGAGUUAGUUUUUCUGGCGAUGGCUUGGUGACAGAUGGAGUCAACGGUGAGGUACUACUGAACCACGAGGGGGACAGUUGCGCAACAAAGUCUGCUCGUGCCAACUGUGAUGAUACUGGUUUCACCGUAUCGUUGUCAAUAAAGCCUUGGUACAAAACCGACGGAGCGCGACAGACUUUUUUCAAAUCCCGCGGCAAGUUCGUUGUUUAUCAGGAAAGAGGGAAGAAAUCCUUGAUUAUCCGUGUGCAGGGUAGUGCUCAGUAUUGUCUGAAAGAAAUAGCGAUGCCUGAAAAAAUCUGGUCUCAUUUGGCUUUCACGUACAAACCAUCUGGGCCAAAAACACUUACAAUUUAUAGGAACGGGAAAAGAAUCGAUGAAUUCGUAAGAGAUGAAGGUUGUGAAAUGGACGGGAAGCCAGGGUUUUCUUCGUCUAAUAUGUCAUUGGGCUCUGACGGAGGAGUGUUCGCCAAGGCUCAUUAUUUUCUCAUUGCCAUUUGGAGACAGGUUUUGUCUGAAGAAAGAAUAGCACAGAUUUAUCGCCGCAUCCAAGGUGAGAGGAUCUCUUUCUACCCCAAUAAAUACUCUAUUUUAUUUUCGAUAUUUCUUUAUAAUUUGUUUCUUUGUUUUAUCUUGGUGCUCUCGAAGAAUGCUGAUUUUUUGUUUCGAAAUAAUAUGAAAUACUAUGAAUAUUAAUGGUCACAAGUGCUCGUCAUGCGAGUAAUCUGAUAAUAAUUUUUACCUGAAAGCACCUGUGAGCAGCAGUGAUAGCCGUGAUCGGUGGUGGUGGUAGUGGUUAGUACAUUGCGUUGUGGCCGCAAUAACCCAGGUUCGAAUCCUGGUCACGGCACUUCUUGUUUUUAUAUAUAAUACGAUUAUUAUUUUCUGGUCUUUGUUUUCUAUUAAUUUUUUUUUUCAUAUAUUUCAAGCUGCGGUUAUGUCUUCCUUCGUUUUGAUUUUUGAUGUCAUGUUUCUUAGUUCUGUCUUCGGUCUUUUCCAUCUUUCUUCCCUGUACUGCUUUCAAUUUUCGCUUGUGACAUUGCAUCAAAAACGAGAAAACCAUGAAAAAAUUAAAAGUUUAUUUUCCUCUUCUUUUCCUAAUUUCAUUUUGAUUUAUGUAAAUUUUUGUGCAGAAAAAAAAAAACAUUAAAUAGCAUAACAAGGAAACUUUUUUUUUUCUUUGACUCUCUUUUUCUUAGCCCUGUGAUACUUCGUUUUCUACUUACAUUGUGGCUUUGGUGAACUGAGUCCUUUCAUAACGAACCCUUUAAUCCCAGGAAUAUUUCGAAUAAAAGAAAAUCAAUAAUAUUCUGAAUAAAAAGAAAAGAAAAAAGAGAGAAAUAACACAACAAUCAUAUGCUAUCUUAAUCGUUACUUUGUAUGGAUCCAUAGAGGAAACAUACUUUUUAAGCUUUUAAAUUUGUGGAAUGAGGCAGUUGGGACGAAAAUUUGCCACCUCUAUUCUGUCAGCUCGAAGUUUUCAUUUUAGUAAACCAAAACAUGGAAAUAAAUUCUUCCCUGUCUAGCCAAUGCCCAUUAUUAGAUUCCUAACCCAAAUUUCACUGCAGAUUUGGUUCCGCUACGUUGCCGAGUUGUGGCUCGAAUAAAAAAUCAGCCUUGGAAUGAAGAUCUUACCUCACCAGAAACGGAUCCAUACAGAUCAAUGAAGAAUUACAUCAUAAGCAAUGUGAGUUGAACUAAAAACCGCCCCAUUCUAAAUUAAAGAACCUCGUACCUCGUGAAAGUGUUGUUACUUAGCAACAAUUUGUAUGGUUAUCUACUCGCGUUUAUCAAAAGAAUUUAAAGCUAAUGCCAUCUUGCACAUGCCGCUUAGAAAACAUUACGUUAUGCAUAAAAGUGCAACGCAGAAGCUUUCAUUUGAAUCGUCACACAAUGCACGGUUUUCCUUUAAUUCUAGUUAAUUCCCUAUUUUAUUUGUUCAUAGGUCACCAGGUUUUAUGAGGGAGUCCGGGUUUCUGUUAACGUAAACGAAUUUAGGUUCGUAUGGCUUCUCUACACACACGUGUGCAUGCUAUUUACUUAUUUGAAUAGGUACAACUUUAAAUUUUGGUUAGUAGAAGGAGGCUGCCGGCUAGGAUAGGGUAAACAGGAUUAAUUCUGUACUCGAGCCAAGUGGCCCUCCAGGUUUCCCUCGCAUGAAGCGGCUACUUGGAGCACUACUCCCACUUGGUUGGAAUGCUAGUCCAAUUUUUGGCGAAUAGAAGGGGUCUGCCGGCCAGGAUACUGAUACUUUUAUUUUUCCAUGUAGGAACGGUAGCGUGAUUGUAGAUUUCACCAUCGUUUAUAACGUUAGCGACUACAGAUGGAUUGAAAAACUUAAACAGAGCAUAUCAUCCACGGGUCUUCUGUACAACAUGCCUCUGGAGCUGGAAGAACUUACAACUGAAAACGGUUAACAGUUGCAUUAGUCAACUCAAAAUUCUUGUAAAAUUUUACUUUAGAGGUAGAAGGUCUAAGUGUGCUAAUGUUUUAACGCCUUGGGGCUAACUUGCUCUAUUUGCCGCCUCUUAUGUCACGAAGCAUAGCUUACAUUGAUAUACAUUUUGCGGCAUUUUAAAAUUACAGCUAAUGAAAGUGCUUCAACAGACGAAAUAAAAAGGAAAGAGAUGACAACAGGCCAUUGAGUAUUAAAAUAACAACUUAUUGAACCAAGAAAAUGCGAGCAACUUGCUAGCUUGCCAUUGGCUAUAAUAGUGCAUCCGAUUGGAUGAGAUGGUAGAACGAGUGUUUUUGACCAAUCCAAGAGCAGUUGAGAGAAACCGAUGCAACACCAGCGACAAUAGAUUUAAAAUAGUUCAAGUAACUACAAUUUCAAAUAAUUUAACUCCGACAGCGAUAGUUUGAUGCAGAACAUUAUAUCCUUUCGUCAAGACGAUAUCAAUUAUAAAUCACUUUUCGAAAGCAUGAAAGAAGUAGAUAUUGCAAAGAACAGUGUUCUAAAACUUUUGACUUGGAUUACGCUGACUUUUUUCAUGGAAAGUCCAAUCAGGACCGGCACUCAAUUCAACGUGGCAGAAAUGUGAAGAAAUUAUAAUCAGCGGUAUCAUUAGCUUUACAUUUUCUUCCUUCAGUUCCAGAAGUUGCCCCUACAAAUGUAAGCGUGUUUCUUGUGGAAGAUACAAGCAUUCACAUCAGAUGGAACAAUCUUAGCCUCCCACCGAGUAUUUCCGCCAUAUUCCAGGGCUAUAAGGUUUUCAUCAGACCAGCGGGAAGCGCAGACGUCAUAGUUACCACCGUAAAUGACCUCGUUAACUUCGUUACUAUAGAAGGACUAGAACCAUUGGUAACGUAUAACCUAACUGUGGCUGGAUACACACAGAGUGGAGUUGGAAGGGAAAGCGAGAGUCUUUCUGUAACCACCACUUUAGGUAGAGUAAUAAGUAUGGGGCUACGCUGUGCACGUUUGAGCUCUGCUAUUAAUCAAAUUAUCCUUUCCCAAUUAUCUUAAAUCAUUUGUUUCGCUAUUUAGAUUUCCUUUAACCGUUUGGCCCCUAAGAGUGACUGGCUUCAAAUUUCUCCUUUCAAUAUCACCUUAGAAUCAAAUAUAAGGAAUAAGGGAUGUGAUCACAAAUUUUAAAGAAGCUCCUGAGUGUCCAACAAAUUUUCCCUGUCAAAACCAGAGGAAAUGUAAAUAGAACAGUGUGGAGAAUAUGAACACUAAUACUACGGUGUAAAGGGUGAACGUGGGGAAGUUGUCGUUAUUGUCCACUGUUCUUUAUAAAUGGUCUUCAAAGAUGGCCCAUGAUCACCCUUGGUUGUAGUAUUUCGAUUCCUUCAGUAUGAAUGGUCUGAAUGUUUCGUGUUCAGGGUGCUCUUUCAAUGAACGAAAAAAUGUGCUCUGCUCGAUAUAAAACUCAACAUAUCCCAAAAUACACAUGUACUUACCACUUUUUUAUUUAAUUCAAAAUUCUUAUUUCACAGACGAUCCGCCUGAAAAUGUAUCAGUAGAACAAGGGAAAUCAAAUUGUGUUCACGUUCAGUGGGGCGGCCUUUCUCCUGAGAAAUUUGCUGCAUUUGAUGGCUAUCGUGUGUUCUAUGCCUUGUUCAGCCACCCAACGUUUUCCUUGAACAAGACAGUAAAUGCAUCGACACAUUGGGUGGAGAUCUGUAAUCUUGAAUCGUCAAUGAAGUAUAAGUUUUAUGUACAACGCAUCCUACGAAUAGAUAUGGGGAAUGCGAGUGACGUUAAAUACUUCACGACAGCGGGGCGUAAGUAAACCUGAACUGAUCGUAUGGGCAGCUCGAAUUAGCUCUUUGCGCUACGAAUUAGAAUGUCAAAGCCCUGAAUUACAAAACAUUGCUACAUUUUGUUUCCGCUUGCGUCAGUAUAGUUAACAAUCCUCCCUCAAACGCGCGUUCAAUAUGCGAUGGUAUAUAGCCAGGUUCGUUCUCUUCCCCUCUCCCGGCCAACAAACUAUAUUUCUAUGCUGGAAAAUAAGAUCCUGUCUCCCUCUCCCCUCCCUUACCUUGAGAUUCAUUCCCUACUCUUCCGAAUGCCUUUAAAAAACAUUGAUGGGCGCAUAGCAUCCUUUUGUUAAAUGAUCUUUCCCUUAAAUAAUGCACGGGCGAAUAUCAAAGGCUGUUUUGAAAUAAUAAAUAAUUGACUCCUGAAACUUUUCUUACGCUUCAACUCAUGAAAUCCCUACUUGUACAGAAUGUCAAAGGGAGCAUCCCCUGGGGUUCUCUUUGUUAAAGAUGGACACCAAGCUCAUCAGCCGAUAACAGCUACCUCUUUAAUCAGGGCAGUUUUGAUAUACAACGGGGUUUUGAUAAAAUGAAGUAAAAAAACAGGAGCUCCUUAGAAAGAAAUUCAAUAGUAACGGAGAAGCGCAAUUGUGAAAGAACGUGUAUCAGUCAUGGUAAAAUAGGACAUUCAAGCUUUUGGCUGACCUUCUAAAACCUCUAGAAUUGAGUUGCUUCACGAUAAGGCCCCAUUGGUGCGAAGGGUAAGCUAAUGUCAUUCUCUAGUUUAAUAUAUAUCCAGUGCUAGUUUUUUAAAAAACUUAUUUAUAGAUAUCGUCAUCUGCUUUUUGAAAAAUUAGGCCCUGGUAUCUAUACAUUCCCUUUUAUAACUUUUCUUCCAGUAAUGCGCUUUCCACCGACCGAUGUGGUAUGCCGCAAUACCAGUUCCACUUCUAUCGAGGUAAAGUGGGAGCCACCGUCUGUCGAAGUCAACAGCCUCGAAAUUAUUGGUUACGAGUUACAUUUCAGGCCUCGCGGCCGUGUAUCUGAGCUGUGGAGGACCUUCCGUACAAACAAAAGUAUCUUGAAUGCCACUGUAACAUCAUUGGAGAAAUUUAUGGAAUACGACAUCAGGGUGGCUACCUUCGACACAAAUGAGCGCGGAAAUUUUAGAAAAAUUGUAAGGUGCUUUACGGAUGAGGACGGUGAGUAAAUAUUUCAUUGUUUUGCAUACCGGUUCAAGUGACGCGUGUGUUGCUUUUUUAUCUCCCUUUUUUUGUUCAGUUUAUUUUGCCAUUGAUUAUGUGCUGGUUUAUUCACUUGUUUGCUUCGUCGCCCUUUGGCCGUUUUAUUGCAUAUCAUUUUUCUUCGUUCCUUCGUUCCUUCGUUCCUUCGUUCCUUCGUUCCUUCGUUCCUCCUUUAAAACUUGUUUAUUUAUUUCUUUCACCGUUUUUUUUUUCUUUCAGUUCCACUUGGUAGCCCUGAUAACAUUUCAGCUCAAAACACAAGCUCUACAAGUAUAAAAAUCAGUUGGAAACCAGUCUCCGAAACUUUACGUCUUGGAAUAAUCAACAAAUAUGUAUUCAACAUAACAAACUUAUUGACAGGUGACCUAAGAACGAUAGAAUUUGAUGGAUCAAGCUUGAGCGGUGAAGUAAGAAAUUUGUCCAAGUUUCAAGAAUACAGCAUCCAAGGAGCUGCAGUUAACAGUAAAGGCCAAUCAAAUUUCUCGAGUGCGAUAACAUGUCGCACGAGCGAAGAUAGUAAGAGUGCUUCAUUAUUCAGAAUCUACUUUAAGGAACCAUACCCACUUGGUGACUAAUGCGAAGAGAAAAAAAAAUUCCCUCCCAACACAAAAAGAACAAUGACCACCAUGAAGACAGGAGGCUGAGCUCUCUAGCGUUAGAAAUAACAUAAAAAACAGUGGGGAGCAAGAUAUGAUCAGUUUUACAAACCAUAAUCUUCCUCUGACGCCAGAAGUAUUGCAUUAAUCUUAAAUGUCCAAAAAAAGAACAAAUUUGAAUUUCUGACUUCUUUCUCUUUAAAUUUCAAGCCCCAGACAUCCCGCCGGCAAACGUGACCGGGUACAACAUAAGUUCUACGUCAAUUGCGGUCGAGUUCCAAAUCUACUCUGCUGAGCAACUCAACGGAAUCAUCCGCCAAUAUGUCUUAAAGAUUUUUAAAGCCAAUGCAGUGAAUUCUACCGUGCGAACAGAGUUCUUUCCCACUCAGACAAAGAGAAAACAAAGAGAAGUCUCCAACACUUAUAGUGUCAGGGUAACACUGGAGGAUUUGGAAGAAUACACCAUGUAUUCCAUGCAAGCAGCCUUUUUUACUAUCAAAAAAGGACCAUACAGUGCUGUUUUCAAUGUCUCUACGGACGAAGGAGGUAUGAUUAACUAUGAUGAAAAUGUACAGUAGCUGUCUCUUGCCGGUACAGUGACACCAAUCGAAUUAUUGUCAUUUAUUUUAUUACUUAUCUAUUCUUUACCAUAUGCAUUCAAUUUCCCAGUUCAAAGCUUUGAUGGGUACUAUCCUCUCAGACCCUUAGAUCCCUUCGAGUGACAAGCAGCAAUUUUCCUCUUACAAUAUGUAAUAAAAUAAAUGACAACGAGAAUCAGGGAAAUGAUCACCAACUAAAGAUGUUCUUGAUUGUCAAAAUGUAUAGAGAACAGUAUGGACAAUAUGCAUAUCGAUGUUAAGGUCCGUUUCUUGUUAACAAAAGUCUUCAAAAUUAACCCAGCUGUUAAAACAUCGUUACCAUUCACUACGCUACGUGUUGUCCUCACGCCCUCAACUAAUCAAGUAACAAAAUAAAACCAACUACAUCUUAGUCACCCACCUUUUCCUACGCUUCACGCAGUCAACUUGUUUUCGCUUAUGUUCUCAUUGCCUUCUUUUUAUGGUGUUAUCAGUUAUUCUGAAAUGCCCUUGUGUUUAUUGUGUUUUUGGUUUGACGAACAAACUGAGCUCUGUAUGAACGUGGAGUGGAGGCAAACGGCUCAUCGUAUAGUGAGGCAAGCAUAUUCCAACCUAAUUUUAUUCUCAUGUUGUCGCAGUUCUUAAAGCUCCUCCCUAUCGAUUAACGGCAUCCAAUAGCAGUUCAUCGAGCAUUAUGGUUCGAUGGGAGCUUUUAACGCCAGCAAGUGUUCCUGGGAUUUUACUGGGUUAUGUGCUGCGGAUAGAAAAAGCUGAAGAUCCAGAUACAUCAAACUUCACAGUAUUUAAAAUCGACCCCUUAAUCAACCAAAAGAACAUGACAGAGUUAGAAGUUUAUACACUGUACAUUAUAUAUGUAGCGGGAUAUACACGGAAAGGAAAUGGUUCCUUUCGUGCGGCACAGAGCUGGACAGACGAGGGAGGUCAGUAUAGUGCGACUCAUAGAUGAAAUUGUUCGAAUGACUGAUCUGCUUAUUAUUGAACUGACAAAUUACUGUCGUUUCACCUACAGUCCGUUUCGCCUACUAUCUGUUCGCCUACGUCUAGAGCCGAUUCGCCUACGUCCAAUACGUCAGUUCGCCUACGUCCUUAACCCCGUACCAUGACAAUCAUUGUAUAAAACAGUUGAUUCAAUUGAAACAAAACUUGAUGAUAUUCGAAAAUUAUCGCAUGAAAAUUUGAUAUCACAACAAUGAAUUCUUUAGCAUAGGCCGCUCAAGUCGCAAGUCUGCACACAUAACGCCUUAACUGUUCUCUACAUUUUUAAUUUAUAAAGUCCCACCUCCUUUGGUAUAGGUCGCCCGAGUCACAAGUAAACACAAAGACCGUAAACAGUGGUUUAUUUCAUCUUAAUACUCAGUUUUCCGCGAGGUUCAAUAAGAACUUUUAAACAAUUCAGUUUUAAAGGGUUGACAUAUAAAUCGUAGGCGAACUGACAUAUUGGACGUAGGCGAACAGACGGUAGGCGAAACGACCCGUAGGCGAGACGACCGGUUACCGAACUGACUAGCCCUUUGACUCUUGAUUGAUGGAGACUCGCUGAAUUAUUGGCCGAUGAACAGACAAACCCGAUAAAUAACUGACUGAAUGAUUAGCCACCGACAUCCAGUGAGCGAAAAUACAGUUACUGAUAUCUUAGCGACAACACAAAUAUCGAUGGUCAUCGCUAACAGUAUAUUUGAAAAGACAACAAAAAUACUAGAAGUAAUUCUGAACGACUUAAUUUAUAUGUAUAGUCAUGAUUAAAGUGCACUGUGGCUAAACCAGUCAGAACUUUAAAACUGCACCCCUGAGUGAACCUUAUUGAAAAAUUUCAGUGCCUCAAGGCCCUCCUAGCAACGUGACCGGAAGUCCGACUGGCACCAACAGCAUCAAACUUUCUUGGCUGCCAGUGUCGAAAGAACUUCAGAAGGGCAUAAUCCGAGGUUACCAGGUAAAGAUUUACGAUGACGAGGGAGAAUAUUUGCGAAAUUCUACAAUGCUCAGCCGUAAUCUCUCCGCAUCUUUCGCGGGCCUUUACCAAUAUUCCAACUACAGUCUGAAGGUUCGAGCCUUCACCAGGAAAGGAUUUGGUCCUUGGAGUUCAUUGAUCAAUGUUUCCAUCGGUGACCCAGGUAAGCAUCAAUCACAGAUUUUCCCGAAAAAGGGGAAGAAAAUCAUGAAAAAGGGAAAAAUUUUCUGGCGUCUCCCCAUAAACAUUUUUCGUAGCAUCACCACCUCCGAGAAGAGCAUAUUGCACGAAAUUGAUAUCGCUACGUGAGUACUUCACAAAAGAAUAGAGCUUGGUCGAGACAUAUUACUAGUUUCACGAUAACAAUCCGAAAAAAGCGUCCAGAAGCUUGGCCAAUCUUGAGACGCAUUUUCGGGGAUCCUGGAAUACCAGUGGACCUCCCUUCCCAAUUUCUGAGAAAUUUUUUUUCCAAAGUAGAUGACAUACAAAUUAUGCUAUCAUUCAGCUUUUCGAAAACGCGUGAGCUUAAAGAGUGUCGGCGGUAUAAAUCUAAGACAUUUGGCUAACUUUUCUCGCUGCACGGUAACCAGCCCGUUGAUACAUAAGCAAGAGGAUUAGUGCAAGUCUCUUCAAGGAAGGCGAGAGAAAAUUUGUAUCUGCGACCCUUCCUCCCCCAAUCCUCCUCUUUGAGGCUGAAAUUGAGCCUAGCUAUCUUCUUAGAGGAGCAGACCAGGACACCUGAACGUUUACUCACCUAACUAAGCACUCAGCUUAAAAGAAUCCAAAUAUUUCUCUCUUUCAGCCCCCCAAAAGACUGCUACGGACGUAAAGGCUCUAGGUACGAGCGCCUCCACAAUUGACGUAACCUGGAGUCCAAUCUCUGGGUUAGAUGCGCAAUCUGUUCAAGGUUAUCGAGUUUUGCACUUCACCAGAGCUUCUCCGAGUCAAAGUAAGGUCACUGUUGUGGGCAGGAAGGACACUCGUGUCACUAUAACUGGCUUAAGUCCCUUUACUGCGUACGGGGUGCAAAUUGCAGCUUUUAGCAUAACAGACGGUAAUUACACACUGCCAGUUUACGCCCAAACGUGGGAAGGUGGUAAGUAUGGUUAAAAAUUAAAUAAUAUUUUCAGUACUGAAAACAUAUUAUAUCAUUUUGUUGGUCAGAAAUGUCGAUCAACCCGGUAAAAAGAUUACCUUUUAAAACUAAAAUCGUACUAAUCAACCAGCUCAGAACUCCCACAAAGGAUAAAAAAUGACUGUAAAUAUAUGAAAAUUAUAUAUGUGAACUGCAGAUAAAGACGUGGAUAUGAAAGCAAUCUUCUUGUGCAGUAGUAAAAAUAUGGCCUCAAAAAAAAUCAGACUUUUACGGAAUUUGAACCCAUGACCUGUGCUAUACCGGUGCAUUGCUUUACCAACUGAGCUAGCAAGCCCACCGGGAGCUGGUCACAAAGGCUGUGAUCAGUCGGGUUGACGGUCUUUCUUAUUCUGAAGUGAUCCACAGUUGAUAUCAUCACCAUUAUGAUAUUAUUAUUUCAUUUGUUAUUUUUCUUGUUCAAUCGAAUUUUAUGUUCUUGCCACCCGCACAUAAAAUUCAUAUCUUCUUUCCGUCGUGUAAUAUCCUCCAUUUAUUGGCUGAGUGGACAUUCCCUAAUAUUUCCCUAGCGGACAGGAGCGAUAUCCGAUCCUGCAUGUGUACCAUUAACAAUUGCUCUUAAAUCAGUUAACAAGUGAACAGUAUGGUAGACUUUGGGUUCUAAGCUCGAUAUGCCACAAUGUAGACAUAUGUUUCUUUAACAGGGUAACGAAAAACGCGUGUAGACAGGUUUAAAAACUUAAAGGUCUCCGCACAUCUCCUUUCGAACUUCCAAUGAAUGACACCCCACUCCCCCUGCAGUCGUUUGGAUACUAAUUAUUUCCGAAAUUUCUUCGUAGCCCCCUCAGCACCUCCCUCCAACAUCCGCGUGACUGCCUUCCAUUCCCAAAGUCUCUUGGUGUCAUGGCUCGACAUCCCCACAGAACACCGCAAUGGCAUAAUCAGAGGAUACCGCCUGACAUAUGCCAACGUCAGUAACAGAACUGGCCCAGUGAUAACGGAAAGAGCCUACUCAGUGGUUUUGACUCAGUUGAGAAAAGCAACGGAGUACAGAAUUUUACUUUGGGCGUUUAACAGUGCUGGAGACGGGGUGUCGGGCUCAGUUGUUGCAAAGACAGGAGAAGAUGGUAGGUUUAAAAAUCACCACCACCCCUCCCAGCCAAAAUAAUUCUUCUUCUUAUAGAGAGUUGAAGGAGUAUUUUCACACACACACACACACAUAUAUAUAUAUAUGUAUAUAUAUCUCGGUGUGUGUGCUAUUCCUAUCCCUUAUUGAUAGAGAAAUGAAACGCAACCUGUCAUGCACCUUUUCGUUCUUAGUACCAAGUCGACCGCCUUCAAAAAUAGCAGCAAAAAACCACACGAGUCUUACAGAAAUUCCAAUUUCCUGGGAACCAGUCCCUCAAGAAUUCAUACACGGUCGUCAUGUCGGUUACCGAGUAACUUAUCAAGCUGUUUCUAUUGGAGACCUGCCCGCGUAUUUCGAGCCAGUGAUGAGCAUCGACGUUGGGAAUGAGAAAACUUCAAUGAUACUUCGAGAUCUGGAACCACUUGUAGUGUAUAAAAUAACUGUGGCAGCCAUAUCGAACCAGGGACCUGGACCCAAAGGUGUCACAUUUGGAGGUAGGUGGAGAUAUACUUUAUAUAUUUGUUAACCAAUCCCCUUCUGACUAGUAAAACAUAGGUAAGGACUUGUAAUAGACCCAUCCCCACCCCCACUUCCUACCUGCCUUUUAUGGGUGCAACGUCCAUGCGGUCAAUUCCCCCUCCAUCGUUCUCUGGUGAGCUAUGACUAUGAAGAGAAAGCCACCGCGCUAAUCACGCGUGAAAUUAUACAUAGCAAUAUUGCACAAACGCCUUUAUUUCCGUUUCCUGUCUCCAUAGAAACAUGCCGUUGCCAUAAGCAUCUAACGACAAACUGGAGAAAUUACCCUCCCUAUGUCAAUCUGACGUCUUUAAGCAGUCCUGGCGUUAUCAUACCACGCCUUCUCGAAGAAGUAAUCAAUGAAUGCUGUGGCGAGUGCCAUGCACAUGGAAAAUCAGAACUGGACUUCAGCCGCAGUGGAAAUAAUGGGACUUCGGAGCAAAACAGGUCAGAGUAUCUUCUGGAAAAUAUUGAUAACCAGACGGAUUUUUCCUUUCCGAUUAACGGCUACAGGUUGCAGAACAGUUACAGGGGAGGAUUGGGGUAUUCACCGUUUGUUGAGUCUGCUGGGGUGGCGUUUCUGACUUUCCAGGAUUCCUCUGAUGUGAAGCACGCCAUGUUUGUAACGCUCAUGGCGUGCUGGCCUGUCGUGGUGCUAUCUUUGGUGAUGGCUUACAUUGCGGGGCUGAUAAUGUGGUUACUGGUGAGUUGUGACUAGUACAUAAUUUGAUUCAUAUUGACACAUAUGCAGUGCUCUUUGUAAACGAGAAAUAACAUUACAAAAGUAUUUCAUAAUAUUGCUACAACACAUUUUUUCUUUUCCUUUUUCUUUCUGCAUUUAUUCAGCUGUUUUGUUUAUAUAUUCAUUAUUCGUUUUUUUAUUCAUUUGAAGGAUACAAAAUCUAACAAUCAACAUUUCCCUACCUCUUUUAUCCACGGAACCUGGGAAGGAGUGUGGUGGGCGUUCGUAUCCAUGACAACCGUUGGGUAUGUUUCAGAUCGAGUGGUAAUUGGAAAUGAUAUAGAAUACAACGCCAAUACUAACUAUUAGCAGGCUUAAAUCGUUAUAUUGUCUAAAUUGCAUAAAUCAAGCCUUUAAUUCUAUGACUCCAUCCGCAAUUUUCGUUUUUUAUCCGUAGGCUAGUAAGUUAACCAUUUAAAAAAUGUACAUGAAGAUAACAGUUGUGACCUUUGGCAGUAUUUUGGCGCCACACACAGCUACGUAGUGGCUGUAGAUAAAUUUACGAUAUUCAAUUUUCAUACAGCUAAUAAUGGCCAACGUUCGAGGGGACCAAGAUCCAUGCACACUUUGUUCCCCAUACUUGGGAAAGUUUAUCUUUACAUGUGGUUUAAAGAUUGAGCCAAAACUAUGUGGGGUUUUUCAUGUCUCCCUCGCAGGAAGUUUAGUCCUAGGUCUUGCCUACGUAAGGUUUACUCAGUUUCCCAUGUCCCAACAUAUUUAAAUUGUUUUUUUCUUCCUUGUAGCUAUGGUGACCGUUCCCCAAUCAGCCAUUUGGGUCGCAUUUUUGCUGUGGGUUGGCUGUUGACAGGUCUCGUCAUAAUCGCAAUAACCAUGGCGGCUUUAACAACAGCGCUGACGGAAAUAACUGUACAUAGCAAAACCACAAUAUAUGGAUCCAAGGUAGCUAUUACCUGAUUAAGGACUGAUCGUUAUUUGUCACCUGGAGGAGUGGGGGUGGAGAAUUUAUUUGGAAGGAUCACACAGUUUUCAGGGGGGACGGGAGGAGAUCAAUCUUCGCCAACAGAGAAUACUAGGGGAACUAUGGAAAGUUGAUGGCCAAUGAGGGGUCACAAAUUUCAUCAUGGCACAACCAAACCCCCUCUUUUCCUUCCUUAGGCAACAACAGUGACGGUCGUUAGUUCAUGCAAGAGAAAAUUACAUUAUGAGACUCUGUCCAUUUAAAUACCCUUGUUCCACGGAUAACUUGUCUCAAUAUAUUUGCAGAAACAAGGAAUGUGCUCUCCUGGGAUGCUAGAGAACUUACAAAAUAAUGCAAAAUCUAUUUUGAUAUUUCAUUAAAAUUAUGAUCUUUUGAUUUUAGGUUGGAGCAAUUCAAGGUUCUCCUGAAUACUAUCUUGGAAUCAGACGAAAUGCGAUUUUAAACAAAGGUUUGAGUUAAAAUCAAUGUUUGGAUUAACAAAUAUUCAUUAACUUGGUAAUUAGGAACUGCCAUAGACUUGUCAUAUUUUUGACAUACGAGACAAAUCUUUUUUGAUAGUUUUGUUCAAAAAGUUUCAAUAUAAACUGCCUGAAACGCUGAAAAUGAGAUUAUAUAUAGUUUCGAAUGAUUUUUUUAGAGGACGACUCAGGUAUUCUUAUCAAAUCACAGAGCGAAGUGAGCCAAAGUUUGUGUAAUCCCACGUUAUAAUUGCUCUCUCGAAACUUAAAUAAAAGACACCAAAGAAAUACCCAUGAUCAACAGGUUGCACGAAGUCUUAAUCAAAUCUUGAUUUGUAUCAUCACUACGACCGAGCUAAAAAGAGUCUUAUCUUCUUUCUUCAGAGAAAAACUAUCACUCAUUAGAAGAACUCUCCGACGCUCUCAUCAACAGAGAAGUCGAAGGUAUCCUAGUAGAUACAUACGCCGGUGGAAUGCGCCAAGAUCUCUUUUCUAAGCCUUCAAUUCGAGUGACCCAAAUCGUUGAUUAUCAAACCGCGUAUGGGGUAGUCAUAAGUGGAGAUUCGAUGCGCCUUAGAAAGUGUUUCCAUGGUUACAUGCGCUCGCAUCAAGCAGAGAUCUUUCAAUAUGUUGACCAACUUGUCGAACCUAUAAAGGUAAGUAUGAGUUUUAGUUACGUCUUUUACUGGGCUUUAUUGAGAUGCUUUUUAGCAUCCUUUUAAUAGCUAGAAAACUGUUAUCUGCCCUUAAUUAGUAAGCCUAAAAGAGGAUGGGAUUGCUUUCUAAAAGAUAAUGACUUCCAACACCAUCAUCUGCCUUGUCCCGCUUUCUCGCUCAACCGUUAUUUCAAUCAUCCAAUGGAUAUAAGCAACUUUGAAAACGAUUUCCUCGUUUAACUGUCUUCAUAUGAAACCAAAAUUUACAAUUCUGUUUAAGAAAUACUUCGAGGCUUUAGACGGCGAUUUUGAAGACGAUUUUUGUUCGAAAUCACAAGCCAAAAUACGCACAGGAAAGAUUCGCAAUGCUAUAAAUGAAAUAAAAGGACUCAUAUCAGCAUAAUGAAAUCCCCCAGCGUUUUCAUUUUCUUUUAACGGUAAGCAUAAUUUCUUUGGCGGUAAUGAACAACUUAAAUUGUUCUUACGCCACAGGGAUCGGGACUGAGCGACAGGGAAGAUAUUGAAGAUAUCUCGACUGGUUUGUUUGACAAAGAAAGUGACCUUUAUCAAAGCACACUUAUCGUUAUAGCCGCUUGUGCAAUAACAGCUGCUGCCCUGGGGCUGCUCUUUGAAGCAAUCCGGAGACUACGAGAGCGGAAAAGAGUUCACGCCUGCGGUAAGCGAUAACCAGUUAUACUGAUUAGAACACAUUUCGAUUUCAAAUGUUCUGAAACCAAACGCAAAAUAAUAUUAACUACAGUCGCCAAUCAUAACAAAAGAAAUACCUCAAAGAGAAAAUGGGAACUCAAAGUAGAUCCAUAAAACACUUCGCUAAACGCGAAAGGAGGCGAGAAACUCAUAACUCCUUAACUUUAAAGCUAAAAAAAAUGUUUCAUGGCUGUUAAACACGGUUUAAACGUGUUUCAAUCAUCAAAGCUGCUUAGAUAGAUAUUUUUCGACGUCGAAUUUAGCAUAUUGAAAAGGAAAGUUUGUGAUUACUUGAAUCCUUUGGAAAAUUCAGUUUUCCAGUCACCUGUUUCUGAUUUUCAUUUCGUUAAACUUAACUUAACAUGUUUUGCAAGUAUAAAUGGGUUGUGAGUCACAAUCUAUUUUUCUUACUUAUUCUCGGUUGAGAGAGAAGGGAGGGAGGGGGGUGUGUUUCGAAACCAGCUAAUUGAAGAGAAUACGAAAUUAUAAAUCCAACACAAUUUAGAUAUAUCUUCGACGCGCGCUUGGAAUAGUGAGUGCUAACGCUUACGUUCUUCUUACGCUCUGUGUUUGAUUUGAAACCAGGGAAUUUUUUUUUUCAUGUCAAAAAGAGGCUACUUAGAAAAUAUCUCCUCUGCCACUCCCUUCAAGACAAAAAUCGUUAAUAAAGUAACAAAGUUUAGCUCACCGUUCAACGUUGUUUACAGGUUUGUCGACGGUGAAGGAAAAAAAUAUUGAUGAAAUGAAGUUACUUACGGAAAAAUUCGUUCAACAUAUGGUAAAAACUCUAACUGAGAUGAAAGUAAGACACAUGAGAGAGUUACUGACCUUUGCAAAACUUACGCCACAGAGGAAGACCACGAAGUUGAAUCGUAAAAUGACAGGUUCUGCUACGCUGAGUACCAAAUACGUCGAUAAUAUUUCGACGCUUUAA